AUGAUAGAUUACAUCAAGCUAUAUCAAGAUAAAGAAUACACCAACCCGAAAAAGCUACUAGUACAGAUAAUCCUAUUACAGCUAUUCUACUAUCUAUCAGCAAUAAUCAUCUUUUACGGCGUGUCGCUACUCAACGGCUACGAAUUUUCCAUAGAUUGGGUAUUCAAAUGGCAACUCGUGUCAUUUGAAAAUGCAAUGGGACUAACUUUAUUCACGAUGUGGCUAUUUGACUCAUUGACCUGUGUGCUUUUCGUCACGAUUGUUGUUGGAAGAUCGAAAUUAGCGUGGGAUUUUGCCAUCACCGUCCACAUUAUAAACUUGAUCAUAACGUGGGUCUAUGUUGGUGAUUUCCCCACGAGUCUAUUGUGGUGGUUCUUGCAAGUGUUGAGCGCGUUUUUGUUGGUCACGUUGAGUACGUAUAGUACACGGUGGAAAGAGUUGAGGACUACUUUUUUCAGUGACAUGUUGGAGCCGCGGCUGAACGAGGUCCAAUCUGUCGAAAUGAGUGAUUUGAAUAAUGAUAAAUGA